AUGCCUCCUCGCAAGAAGCAACGCACUCGGACGUCGCCCACUCUGGUCGCCUCUCCAUCAGGCGCCCUACCAUCCUCUGCCUCUGCAUCGGAUGAAGAGGUUCAUAGCGGACCGGCAAGCGAGAGCGAAGGGCUCACGAUCGAUGCCGCUCCCGGCAAGAGCUCAAGGACUCGACAAGCUGGUACCGGCAUCGCAUCUCCGCCUCGUGUCGAGACGGAUGCGCAGUCAGAGUGGCUGCCUAGCAGCUUGGACACGCUGCCUUCCGACCUCCUAGCUCGCGGACUCCCCGCCUUGAAGCGCAACAUUCUACGCUCACUCUUUGAUGUUUCUGCUGAAGCGACCGUAGCGGCGGAUGAGAGCACGGCGCCUAGCGAGAUGGACGCAGCUCGAGAAGCGUGUCUGGGUGGGCAAAAGCAGUGGGAUGAGCUGAGGGGCAUGCUCAGCAAUACCAUCACGCACGGCGAAGGCAACAGCGCACUCAUACUCGGAGCUCCCGGGUGCGGCAAAAAGACUCUGUUGCGCUCUGCUCUGUCGACCCUGCCCAGCUCAAAGUAUCAUCAUGUCCAACUGGACGGCACUGUACAGACGACGGAUGCGCUGGCCAUGAAGGAGCUGGCGCGUCAGCUGGUCAGUAAAGGUGCCAUCGCGUUGACGGAAGAGCAGAGAGAGCUGCUCGAGCUCGAUGCUACCGGCAGGAUCGGCGAGGAGGCUGGAGACAAGGAUGGAGAAGCUCAGUCUGAUGAUGGGGAUGAGCCGACGCGACAAGAGGAUGCAAAUGGUGAUGAAGAGAACUUGAAAGAGGCCAUGGCGGGCGCGAUAUUGUCAUCCAUCUCCACGAUCAGCAGGACCAUCCUAUCGCUCUUGUCCACGCCAGCUCUCGACUCUGCCGGAUCGGUCACAUCUUGCAAAUCUCUCAUCAUUUCCCUCUCUUCCUUUGACCUCUUCACCUCUCGACCUCGACAAGCUCUGCUCUACGUGCUGCUAGAUGCCGUCCAAGCAGGUUCGUACGCGCCGGGUCUGUGCAUCAUCGGUCUGACGCGCAGGCUGGACACUACAGACUUGUUGGAGAAGCGCGUUAGGAGCAGAUUCGCGGGCAGGACCAUCCACUUGUAUUCUCUUGGCUGGGAAGGAUGGCGUCAAUUGACCAAGAGGACACUGAUGGGUGGUUUGAGCGAUGCGAGUCCUGAGGCGCUGAAGCAUGCUUGGACCGAACAGGUAGAGGCUCUACUGGGUGAUCAGCUCUUUGCGCGGCUUCUCCGGGGGCUCCACGAGCUAGGCGCGGACGUGCGGCAGCUCUAUCGCAUUCUGUCCGUUCCCAUCGCCGGGCUCUCAGCAUCGAAUCCUCAGCUCGACACGCAAGCAUUCUUAACAGCAGCUCAUUCUCAGCGCGACGACUCCACGAGCCGAGUGCUGGAUGAUCUGUCCACCGCCGAAUUCGCACUCCUGGUAGCUUCAAAGCAUCUGCAAAGACUCGAUCGAGAAGUAUUCAAUUUCGAAAUGUGCUUCAAAGUCUUGCGGGACUGGGUGCGGAGAUCCAGGAGGGAGAGGGAAGGCGUGGGUGCGGGAGGUAUGGAGCUUUUUGGUGAGGCGGAGCGGACAUUGGAGCUGGACGGCGCGUCGUCGCCCAGGACUCGCAGACGAAUUGGAGACAACGAGAGCGACAAGUUGCUGGUCGAUCGAGACAAGACGCUGAUGGCGUUCCAAUCGCUCCUGACGGCCGAAAUCUUCCUUCCCGAUGCCAUGUUUUCGAGCAUGUCGCUGUUGCAGGGACCUCAAUCUGGUGCAGCUUCGCUGACUGGUCGAUCCAAGUCUUCCCUCUCGGGCGGAAGUGUGAGGCUGGAGUACCUGAAAGUCAGGUGCGCCGUCGAUGCCGUGAGCAUCGCUGAUGCUGCGCGACGAUCCACUCGCCGAGUUCCCUUGGACACGGCGCUGGUGCUUUGGGCGACUGGCAGCGGCACAAUAGCUUGA